GUCCACUGUUCGUUCAUAUUCCUCAAAUCUCCUCUACUUUCUCAAUGAUCGUCAAUUUAUUUCUUAUUCAGCCGUGAUCCCAUUCCGCCAUUCAUUACUCAGUUUGCUGAGUCUAGCCCUUCUCCGCGAUCUGAAAGAGGGGGGAACCUUGGAGCGCGAAAAGAAAGAGUGAAAGGUUCCCUGCAAAAUCAUGGCGGCGAACCAGGCGGCGGUGGUGAAGCUGGCUCUGGGGCUAAUGGGAUUGUGCUUGGCCGGUUACUUACUGGGUCCGCCUUUAUACUGGCACUUCAGGGAAGGUUUAGCUGCUGUCAGCCAUUCUUCUUCUUCUCCCACUUGCCCUCCUUGCCUCUGCGAUUGCUCCACUCAGCCUCUUCUCGCCAUCCCUCAAGAAUUGAGCAACGCCACGUUUGCAGGAUUGCGUGAAGCACGACCCUGAGGUGAGUGAAGAUGCCGAGAAGAACUUCUCCGAGCUGCUGACAGAGGAACUAAAGCUGCGGGAGACCGAAGCAUUGGAGAGUCAGCAGCGUGCUGGUAUGGCCCUGCUGGAGGCUAAGAAGAUCACAUCCCAGUACCAAAAGGAAGCAGACAAGUGCAAUUCAGGGAUGGAAACAUGCGAAGAAGCGAGAGAGAAAGCCGAAGCCUCAUUAGUAGCACAGAAGAAACUGACAGCAUUGUGGGAGACGAGAGCGCGCCAGAAGGGAUGGAAAGAAGGAGCUUCCACCAAGACUCAGGGAAGCAGCGUCCAAUCUGCAUAAGGAGCCAUCGCUAUCAUCUGAUACGGGUGAUGUCCACUUACGAUUAUAAUACUACUACCACUCAUGGUUUUGAUAGUGAUAAUGUGUAGAUACACCUGGAUUUAGGAAGCCCUUUUGAAGCAAGAAUUUGAAAGGCCCUGAGAUUUGUAUUCAGCAGCUGUCUUGUUGCACACAUUCCCACUUGGAAAUCUUAUUGGAAUUUGAUUCUGUUAUAUGUGUUGUUCUAUAAUAUAUUGUUCAA